GGGAACACUGGGAUAAAGUGUGCACACACACCUGGAACUGGACACCUAGAGAGAACAGUCACAGAUGUAAUCCUUAUUUUCUGUAACAGGAAAUGCAAAUGCAUGCUCUUUAUUUACACAAGGCCACUCCUGCCCGAGAGGAUGAGUAUCGAGCUUCGCGAGUCUCGGCAUGACUCCGUAUCGUAUCGACAGAUCAGCGGAUCAGUGAGAGAUGUUUAACAUGACUUUACUUCGCUUUGAAAGAUCUGACGUAGAGGGGAUGAGUCAGGGUGGACCCAGCAUGCACUGCGCGCUCUUCCUCCUGAGGGGCGGGGUAAGAGAAGAGGAGAAGGCGUAGCCAGGGCUGCUUUAAAGCUUCUUCUAACCCGCAUUAAAUUCCGCUCUCAUUCCGGGACGCAGCGCAUCUACGAGAGAAACCUGCUGCAGCAGCGCUUAACGACUUCUUCUUCUAAACCUCACAAGUGACUUCUUAUUUUUUAUUUUUCCUCAUUCCUAACCCAUGGCGAACUACAUCCAUGUCCCUGACGGUGCGCCUGUCGUGCCCAAACUGGACGUGACCGUGGACGAGCACGACUGCAGACCAGGGGCGCUGCAGCUCAUCAAGGCGCUCAGACCCCAGUGGAAGCCGACGGAGGUCAAAAUGAAGACGUUCACAGACGGCAUUACCAACAAGCUGAUUGGCUGCUACGUGGGUGGGGCGCUGCAGGACGUGGUGCUGGUGCGUAUCUACGGCAACAAAACGGAGCUUUUCGUAGACCGCGACAACGAGGUGAAGAGCUUUCGUGUGCUGCAGGCGCACCGCUGCGCCCCGCGUCUCUACUGCACCUUUAACAAUGGCCUCUGCUAUGAGUUCCUGGAGGGCGUGGCCCUGGAGCCCGAGCACAUCCGCAACCCCGCCAUAUUCAGGCUCAUUGCAAGGCAGAUGGCAAAGUACCACGUCAUCCACGCGCACAACGGCUGGUUUCCCCGGUCUGAUCUCUGGCAAAAGAUGAGCAAGUACUUCUCCCUCAUCCCCACCCACUUUGAGGAUCCAGAAAAGAACCAGAGGCUGAGCAGCCAGGUGCCCAGUGCCUUGUGUUUGCGAGAGGAGCUGCUGUGGCUCCAGCAGAGCCUCUCCAAGCUCGGCUCGCCCGUCGUUCUCUGUCACAACGAUCUGCUGUGUAAGAACAUCAUCUACCAACAAGCAGGAGGAGGACAUGUCAAAUUUAUUGACUACGAAUACGCUGGGUACAAUUACCAAGCCUAUGACAUUGGGAACCACUUCAAUGAAUUUGCAGGUCUGAACGAGGUGGACUACAGCCUGUAUCCUGAGCGUAGCCUCCAGCUGCAGUGGCUGCGAGCGUACCUGGAGGCCUACAAGGAGUAUAAAGAUCAGGGCACUGAGGUGUCCGAGGCUGAGGUGGAGGUCCUGUUUGUCCAGGUGAACCGCUUCGCCCUGGCAUCACAUUUCUUCUGGGGCCUGUGGGCAUUGAUUCAGGCUCAGUACUCCACCAUUGACUUUGACUUCUUGGGAUAUGCGGUUCUUCGCUUUAACCAGUACUUCAAGAUGAAACCCGAGGUGACGGCACUGAACUUUCCGGAAUAGUGUCCUCCGGUUCGGGGUGUUUUGUGCUCCCCCUGGUGGACGUGGGCAGCACCAGCAGAACUCGUCGGUCUGUGGGUUUAACGCGGCAGUUACUAAACUGAAUGCUAGAAAAAGAAAAACCCGUGAGAAAAAAACAUCUCUCUGUUCAGCACCUCCUUUUUAGUCUUGUUUUAUAUGUCAAGAGCCAUGUCGAAGUGUCCUACAUGCUCAGGGGUUGAUGGUGACCCCAUAGAACCUGGGAUGACUGUAGAUGUAGAUGUUCUGCACUAUACGGUCGACCUGGUGCAGUGAAAGGGGCUUAGGACCAAGAAAACAAAAACAAUCCAAUAUGGUCCAUAUAUAUAUAUAUAUAUAUAUAUAUAUAUAUAUAUAUAUAUAUAUAUAUAUAUAUAUAUAUAUAUAUAUAUAUGUAUAUAUAUUAAAGUCCCAGACUCAGAGACUCAGUAGUUGACCCGUCAUUCCUGUUUGUUUACAGUGAAUAUGAGUUAAUACAGGUUUACUUCUAUCACCUGCUAGCUUUAGAGCUUUCGUAUUUCGGCCUCUAGCCUUACAGCUGCUUAAAGAUAUGUGACUGGGGGACCAAAGGAACCUCAAAUUGAGCUCAUGCUUGCUCUAGGUUUUUUUUCUCCAUCUCAUUUCACUGUGAGCCACUUUGCUGCAUUUAGAAUUUGGUCAAAAAAGGAAAAAAAAAAAAGCUUAGCAAAGAGAUAUGAUAUUUUUGUGAGGAGUCUGUAGCUGUCACCUUACACCAAAGUGCUGAGGUUCUUCCUGCAGAGAAGUGUUCAGACUGCACAACUUCAAAAGUUUUUUAUUAUGAAUAUGAACUAUGAAUGUUUGUUGAAGUGGCCGAGAUGCCUUAAUAAGGACUGCUGCUGGACAGACCAUGAUGCUAAUCGAGCUCUUUUCAAUUGAUCAUAAGUGUAUUAACCCUGGGUUUUGACAUGGAUUUUUUAAAAACCUAAAUCUUGCACUUAAAAGCUAUAAAAAUUGGGAAGUUUUUUCCCCUAAAAAAUGUCUUUUUCCACCUUGCAAGCCCUAUUCAGGACAGGAUCGUUGAUUAGGAUGAUAUCUGAAAUGAAGUGUUUGCUGUCUUUUAUCUGGACGGCUAGAAAUGAUCUGAGCGAGAUUCAAAUGAAUGCUUUUGUGAAUCAAAUGUGAAUCAAACAAAUUAUUCGACUCUGAAUCGAUUUACUGCAGAAAGCGAAUCAAACGUGACUCAAACAAAUUAUUCAACUCUGAAUCGACUUAGUGUAGAAAGUGAAUCAAACGUGAAUCAAAUAAUAAACUAUUCGACUCUGAAUCAACUCACUGCAGAAAGUGAAUCAAACAAAUUAUUCGACUCUGAAUCGAUUUACUGCAGAAAGCGAAUCAAACGUAACAAACAAAUUAUUCGACUCUGAAUCGACUUAUUGCAGAAAGUGAAUCAAACAAAUUACUCAACUCUGAAUCGAUUUACUGCAGAAAGCGAAUCAAACAUGAAUCGAACAAAUUAUUCGACUCUGAAUUGACUUAGUGCAGAAAGUGAAACAAACGUGAAUCAAACAAAUUAUUUGACUCUGAAUCGACUCACUGCAGAAAGCGAAUCAAACAUGACUCUAACAAAAUAGCAGACUCUGAAUCGACUCACAGCCGAUAGUGAAUCAAACAACAAAUUAUCCGACUAUCAGAAAACCUUCAUUGUUUAUUUUAAACAAUUCAAAUUCUUUAUUUGAAGUGUCUAGAAAGAAAUUCGAUUCAUUGCACACGAUUCAAUUUUGGCCUCCAAAGGCUUUCAUUUGAAUUCACCCUCGUAAAAACGACAGAUGACCGAGCUUCUAACAGCAUCGCAUCCUCAAUGUGUUCACACUUAGCGUUACAUACAGAAUAUUACAAUCACGGUAUUAUGUUAAUAUAUUAAUCUAAAGCAUGGCCUUAUACCCACUGUAACUGUAGUCAUUAUGCUUUAAUCAGGCUGUGGGAUUGUAUUUAUUCUUUUCAUUAUUAAUAACAUGUAUUUUUUUUACCUUCUUAAGAGCUGCCGGUUAAGAAAGUGUGUAAAAGGUGUGUGUAAAUGUUUUCAAACCAAACUAAAAAUCCCCAACUGUUACAGAAGUUUCAUUAACACUAAUUUUCGUACACACGCCCACGAGAAUGUUAAAUGAUAAACGAAAGCACCAAGCACGAUUUCAGUACAACACAAAAGGCAAAGCUCACAGAGAGCUGAAAAUAAAACAAAACAAAACAAAACGGUGAAAAAGCAUCUCUAAAUCCUAUAUCCAGUAAUGCAGCUCAGCCACUGCAGUGCAUCAACUGCUGUAGAAAUACACUAACUCUCGUGCCUUUAUAAGGCGCCAUUACUCUUGUCGUAAUGGAAUGCAUAGUAUUUGCGCGUUAUCAUUUUAUCAUUUAUGGAUUUGUCACGAAACUGACAGCUUCACAAAAUUCUUAAAUGGAUAAAAAUGUCAUGUGAAUGCUCCAUUCUGUUACACGAUUUCAAGUCAAGGUUUUCCAUUGGUGAAAUCACCUAACGUAUAAACGAUCACACGUAACUAAUCCUGUCCGAAUAGGGCUUUAGAGACCUCAGUGGCUUAAUUAAGUCCUACCUGUCUCUCUCUCUCUCUCUCUCUUUUAUAUAUAUAUAUAUAUUAUAUCAGCUUGGCUGAAACUGUAACAAACUGACUGUGUUGUACAAAAUAAAUACUGUGAAAGACCAGUUCUCGAGAUACAAACCUUCUUCUAGUCAAGCUACUCUUAGAAACAAGUUUUUGCUCAUUGAGUACCGCAUUUCGAAAUAACUCAGAGAUCUGUGUCUAUAAAAGAAAAACAUGAUGAAUCUGUCACGAUCUGCCAAAUCACCCCCGAAACCCGUCACGUCGACGGAGAUACAAACAAUACAUUGACAUUACGAACUGAUUUUUCUCUCUCGAUCUGCCUUCGCCGGCAGUGCCGUGUCUAUUCAAACUGAUGAAGUUAUUCUCUCGGACAUGUGAUUGUACAUAAAAAUGAUCCAGCACAAGUGUCCACUAUCACUUGAAGGAUAUGUGAAUAUUUGUACAUCUUUAAAAACAGCUGCAAUAUCUUUACUUUGUGAGUUACUGUACAUAGAGGAGAUUUACUUGGACUUAUUUUUUGGGAGGGGGGGAUUUAUUUUCUAUAAAUGAAAUGCUAUUAAAAAGAAAGAAAUAAAAUCUGUAUUUUUUUUUUUUGUUGUUGUUGUUGUUGGGGAAGGGAAAAUAAGUAAAUAAAUAAACGGGAUGUAGAGAUGAAGUUUGUUUGAGUUUGUAUUUACAUCGUCUGAAUGCUAAUAAAAUGAUCAAAACA